AUGGAGGCUGCAUUUCGUGGUAGGAAGAGUUAUACUACGCAAAAUAUAAUGGCAGCCGUAGACUUUGAUCUACGGUUCACAUUUGUUACAGCUGGUUGGGAGGGAACAGCCCAUGACGCCUCAAUUUUACGAGAUGCUUUAGAACGCCCAAAUGGUCUUCGUGUUCCCGAAGGCAAGUUCUACCUAGUUGAUGCCGGAUAUGGAGCCAAACCGGGUUUUCUGCCUCCUUAUCGUGGUGUGAGGUACCACUUGAAUGAGUGGGGCAGCAACCCCGUACAAAAUGAGAAGGAAUUGUUCAACCUUAGGCACUCAUCUCUCAGGGUUACAGUAGAGCAUGCAUUUGGUUCUUUGAAGAGGCGAUUCAAAAUUCUUGAUGAUGCAAUACCAUUUUUUCCCUUUCCUACCCAAGUAGAAGUUGUUGUUGCUGCUUGCAUUAUUCAUAAUUGGGUCAUAGAAGAUGGCGGUGAUGAUUUGAUUAUAUCUGAAAGUGAUGACCUCCCUAUUAUUACCCAUCAAACAUCAACAUAUGGACAAGCAACGGAAUAUACCUUCAUGGUUAAUUUUAGGCAAGAACUUACCAAUGCCAUGUGGGCAGACCGUCAGCAAUAUUAUUCCAAUACUUCAUGA